AUGGCGGACCAAAACCGAACUCAAACCCCAACAGCUAAAGAAGAAGAAGAAUCCAUAGGCCCGGCAACCCCUUCUCCUCACCCCAGAGCAGCUAGCCGUAGCCCUUCACCGCUCGCGCCGUCUGUAGCAAGGCUAUGGAGGCCAGCCGCUCAGCGAAAUCUCAAAAACCAGUGGUCGAAGCUUGCUUCUUUAACCCAACAAUGGAAAUCUUCUUCUUCUGCCUCUCGUUCUCACGCCACUUCUCUCGUCAACGCUUACCUCUCUCUCACAUACAUACCAUCAAUGGAACUUGGAGUUCUAAGCGACAUGCCCGAUAUACGGAAAAAAGGUUCUUGGAAAUUGCUUAAGCAGCAGGAGGGUCAUCGGACCAAACUGUUGUCAUCGUACAAAGACAUGGUGGGUGUUGUAGCUCAGAUGGUGAAAAUUAGUAAAUCCAUGAGACUUUAUCUCAAAGUGGGGAGUGCUAGUUCACUCGUUCAAUUUUCAGAUUUUUCUGAGGAUAAGAAUGAUCCAGGAGAUGGUGGUGGGAUCCCAAUCUUCACAUUUUGGUCAAUUUCUUAUUUUGAGAAAUUGGCUGAGGAGUUAGUGCAGAUGCUUAUAUCGGAACUGAAUUUGAAGCGCUUGCUUGUGGUGGAAUUAUUAUCUACUAGUUGUGAAUCGUCAAUGCUCAACAAGUUCAAUUGGACAGACGAGCUUUAUACAGGAGAAUUUGACGAUUUGAGUAUUUGUAACUUGUAUUCUGGGGAAACUUCUGAGCCAGUCUUUCCAAGAUUGCAGGUAUCGAAGUCUAAUGUGCCAGCUGCUCGAUCUAACCAGCAGCCAAAUCGAGAGAUUAUGCAGGUUUACCUAACAACAUGGCUUGCUGAAGUGAACAUUGAUACUCACAGCGUGGAUGAGAUAUUUUCUUUAGUCGGCGAGGAAAUGCAUGUUAACCUUUCGUGAACCGUCUGCCUAUAGAAGCCUGCUGAAAGAUGCCAGACUUUUUGGAUGCUGAAAGGCUGAAAUCUGAUAGCCCCUGACCAAUGGUUUUAGUCAUUAGAUGAUUUUCUCGGCGGAGACACAAUUCGAAAUUUAAAAUUUUAAGAAACUCAUUUUCUUCCAAUAAAGAGAUUCAGAAUUACGUUAAGGAAUGACAAAUAUGAAAAGAAGCGCCUCCGUCCGUAAAAUUUGUGAAAAAUGUUGGCUGAUCCAUGAAUAGCAGCAAGUGCUAGUUCGAGCCAGUAAUCAUUUGAUGCACGGGAUCUGUACUGUGAUGAGUAAGCAAAUAAGGUAAAAGAAAUACGGAAUCAAAGCUUCAGUUCGAGUGAUUAAAAUCAGUGAGUGUCCUGUCAGCAAGGUCAGGAAGGUGCCCAACAGGAGGCAUCUAUUGAUGGAAUGUUUGCAGUUUCUUGAAGCACCAACUUCGCAGUUAUUUUUACAUUUUGUCCGAUGUUUAAACAUCCAUUGGGACUUGCCUGAAUUUUGACCUGUUUUUCAAAGAGAAGUGUACAAGCUUAUAGUUGACCGUAAAGGAGUUAAAAUGGAUAUGCAAUCUUCUAUAGU